AUGAGCUCAAGCACCGGACGCUUCUGGAGCGCUUCUUCAUGGAAGGCUCGGCUGAGACGAGGACACAGCAACCAGUCAGACGCCAGCAUUGUCCAGGACUUUCAGUCUGCACAUUCCUCCGAUGCUACUAGUCCAGCUGUGGCGGCAGAGUUCAACUCGGGGGCGCGGACCGAGACUCAAACCCAAUACUCGUCUUCAGUCUACUCAAAAGACGAUGAUCCUUUGUCAUCCCUCGAAAUAACUGGAGAUGCCGAGUCCGCUGAGUGUGCCCACAAGAGUCAUUCCGCUCGUCGUUUCCCGUUGCACAUCUUGCCUGACGGCAGACAAGUCCCUCUGGAGACUCUGCAAGCGGAAGCUGAUAGCAGGCAGACAAAAUUCCACUCAGACAAUGUUCGUCCAUAUGCGGUGCGCAAUGAUAGACGGACCCUCCCUGUCUCUUCCACAGGCAAACUAUUCUCCGCCCUCGAUUCGAGUAAGUCGGAGCUCGAAUAUUCAUUCGACGGAAUCCUUCAAGUCUUUGUGAAGGUGUAUGCCAUGGCCAAGGUUGUGCAGAUAAUCUUACUAAGUUAUGGUGCUGAGCUUCAUGAAACCGAACCAAGCCUUUUAUAUUGGAUCAAGCGUGCAGAAGAAGAGGUCAGGUCGGGCGACCUUGCUGUCUUGAUUGCGACUGUGGAAAAUCUGCACUACGCGCUCUACUCCCGAGUCGUUAUCGAGAUGGCUAGCGUCGAACUUUGCGCUCUAUUCAAGGCCGAGCGGCAGGCUCCCAAUGGCUGCCAAGGGUUGUGGCUUCCUGAUGCCGACCACCUGUACCGGAUUUUCCUGGCAUGCAAAGACACCCUUGACAGUCCCACUACCUGGAAGCGGCCUCAGUGGGCAGCCAUCCACAAGUGGCAGGAGCACUUCACUGGACGAUUGACUGAGAAGGAGGAUGACCAGUCUCUCAAACCGGAUGUGGUUUGUGGAUAUCGACAAUUUGCGCAGAACAUCUUGUCAGAUCCACGUUCCGCAUAUGUUUGCAAGUGGUGUUCUCUGAUCCCAUUUUUCCAUUCUGUCCCACAAGAAAACCUGAUCUCGAUAUCUGAGAAAUGGUUUACCGUGAGCCCAAAGGUCAUCCUACCCGACGACGUUCCUUCUUAUGAGCUUCCAUUCAUCGAUCUCAAGCUAGUAAAUCCUGCACUCUGGAAGAGAGAAAUUGUGCUGGAUUACCGACUCGCGAGCUUGGCCAACCUUGAAGGCAAGUCGAUCGGAGACGAGCGUCGCGAGGACCCCAAAAGCCGACUACGGUGGAUCGGGGGUGCUACGACUGGAGCUUUGGUGCGAAAUCUGUCUCGUCGCAGCGUUCUUCGGAUUGUCGACCCUGCUUAUCUACCGUCAACUCUGGCCUACCGACCGUCUGCACGACAAUAUCACGCAGCCGUGUGGCCGUCCUACGGCAUCACCACGCCCAGUCUUGAUCAGCCAAGUCCCGAACGUACCCCGCCACCUUUUCGAUUCGAAACAGGCUAUGCGUUCUGUGCCAAACGACCGCCGCGUCCAUUCCCCCCGCCGUUCUUGUCGCCGCCCUCAUCGUCUUUCUCCGAUCCCUUGACGACGCAUUCACUCAGCCAGGAUAGGAGAUUAUCCGUCCGGGGCCAACUUGUUCGGGGGUUGACAAACGGUGAUGACGCGAUUCUCGUGACGGAGAACCUCCUUGGUGUAGACGACGGGGUCGGCGCAUGGGCGACGAAGCCUCAUGGGCAUGCUGCUUUAUGGUCGCGUCUUCUUCUACAUUUCUGGUCUCUCGAAGUGGAGCGCAUGAUGUCCAUGAAUCCAACUAGACCGGACCCCAUCGGAUACCUUCAGACUGCGUAUGAAGAAACGAUCCGUGCCACCGCAACACCAACGAAAUGGCUCGGUACGACGACGUCGGCUACAGCACUUUUACACUGGACCCAGAAUGACGCUGGCACCUUAACACCGCUGCUAUAUGUCACAAACUUGGGCGACUGCAAGGUCUUGGUCAUCCGACCAAGUGAAGAUAAGGUUAUCUUCCGGACAGCGGAGCAGUGGCAUUGGUUUGAUUGCCCAAUGCAGUUGGGCACCAACAGUGUUGACACUCCACGUAAGGACGCUGUUCUCUCGGAAGUCACGCUUCAGGAGAAUGACAUCGUUCUUGUCGUGUCUGAUGGUGUCAUGGACAAUCUUUGGGAGCAUGAAGUAGAGAAGAUUGUCCUGGAUAGCAUCAAGAAAUGGGACAAAGGUCAUACUCAAAACCAGAGGGUAUCACGCUCCUCUGAGCUCGCAGAUGCCCGCAUGGUGUACACCGCGAGGGAGCUACUGAACGCCGCUCUUAAUGUUGCUCGAGAUCCAUUUGCAGAAAGUCCCUUUAUGGAAAAGGCAGUGGAUGAGGGUCUUGCAAUUGAAGGAGGCAAAAUCGACGAUAUAUCCGUCGUGAUUGCAUCUUGCCAUAAACGGGAAGGAUGA